AAGGUGAAAUAAAUAAAUAAAAUAAAAGGUUUAGGAUGUGUGUGUGUUAUGUGUUCAUGCCAGGGCUGGUAUCCAGUGAGAAAGCCAGUCUGUCCUACCUGCUCUCAGCUCCUGGAGGAGGUAAUGUGGCGGUGGUGGCUGUAGGGGGCGCUCCAGAGGCUCUAGACGCCCGGCCAGGAGCUCUCACCCUUCAGGUUCUACACCGCAAGGGAUUCAUCAAACUGGCGCUAAAACACGGGGCCCAGUUAGUACCUGUGUUCUCCUUUGGGGAGAAUGAGCUCUUCGACCAGAUGACCAACCCUGCCGGCUCGCCUCUCCGCUGGCUCCAGGACCACUUGCAAAGGCUCAUGGGAGUGGCGCUGCCAAUGUUCACCGGACGAGGAGUGUUCCAAUACAGCUUUGGUCUACUGCCCUACAGAGAGCCCAUACACACUGUUGUGGGUAGGCCUAUUCCAGUGGUCCAGACCCCCUCUCCCACUAAGGAUGAUAUAGACGGUCUCCAUUCUCUCUACCUGGAGGGCCUCACUACGGUGUUUGAAGACAACAAGGACAGCUACGGCAUUGCACCAGACAAACACCUCCACUUCAUCUAGAUAUGUGCAUCUAGAGAUGUCCACAGCUGUAAUCAGCAUCACCUCCACUUCAUCUAGAGAUGUGCACAGCUGUAAUCAGCAGGAAAAGAAGCAGACAGAUCCAAAGAUGCUGCAACACCUUCUAGGUCAGAGUUCUAGCUGAAGGUUAGGGUUAUGUUGGGUUCUGUGGAGUUAUGUUGGGUUCUGUGGAGUUAUGUUGGGUCCUGUAGGGUUCUAGAGGGUCCUGUAGAGUUAUGUUGGGUUCUGUAGAGUUAUGUUGGGUUCUGUGGAGUUAUGUUGGGUCCUGUAGGGUUCUAGAGGGUCCUGUAGGGUUCUAUAGGGUUAUGUUGGGUUCUGUAGAGUUAUGUAGGGUUCUAGAGGGUCCUGUCUGGUUCUGUGGGGUCCUGUAGGGUUCUAGAGGGUUAUGUAGGGUUCUAGGGGGUUAUGUAGGAUCCUGUAAAGUUACGUGGGCCCUGUAGGGUCAUCUAGAGGGUCCUGUAGGGUCAUCUAGAGUGUCCUGUAGGGUCAUCUAGAGGGUCCUGUAGGGUCAUCUAGAGGGUCCUGUAGGGUCAUCUAGAGGGUCCUGUAGGGUCAUCUAGAGGGUCCUGUAGAGGGUCAUCUAGAGGGUCCUGUAGGGUCAUCUAGAGGGUCCUGUAGGGUCCUGUAGUGUAGGGUUCUACAGAGUUCUGUAGGGUCCUGUAGGAUUCUGUGGGGUCCUGUAGGGUUAGUUAAUACCAAGAUGGCGGAGCAGUAAGACGUGUUUGUUUUUGUCCCAUGUAAAUAUUAUUAUUAUUAUUAUUAUUAUAUUUUUUGUUGUUGUAUACAUUUCAUUAUAUUUCAAUCUGUUUUUUUUGCAUUUUCUAAUUAAAUAAACUUCCUGCAACCCACCUCACC